AUGGUGGUUCCGCGGCGGUUCUUUUUUUGGGCACCAUUUGCGCCGACUUCACGUCGGAAAGAAUACGCAGAGCGGCGUGUUGUUGGGUACACAUCAGAGCAAAUGUUUGAUGUUGUUGCUCGUGUAGACGAGUACCCUAAAUUUGUUCCUUGGUGCAGAGGAGUUUCAAUACGUGUUCUUUCGCCUAACGUUUAUUCGGCUGAUAUGCAAAUUGGGUUCCCUCCUAUACAAGAGUCAUAUACUUCAACCGUAACAGCGUUAAGGCCUGUGGUAGUAAAGUCCGUGGCGGAACCGAAUAACAGGGUUUUCAAGCAUCUUGACACCACCUGGAGGUUCACUGAGGGUUUGCCUGACAACGAGAAAUCUUGUACUUUACACUUCACUCUUUCUUUUGAGUUCCGGUCAUCACUACAUGCGACUCUUGCACAUACAUUUUUUGAUCGGGUAGUUCAGUCCAUGGUUUAUGCAUUUCUAAAAAGAGCUGAACAUAAGUAUGGGCCACCGUCUUUGGAUCAUUUCAAGAAAACUACUGUGCUCAAAAAAGUUGGAUGA